AUGCCACCGAAGCCUCCCCUCCGUGCUGCCCGAGUUUCUUCCCUGCCAAAAAUCAAAGCGAAUUCCACCCGCGGUCCCUCCAAACCCGCUCGUCCCGCAAUUCCCAAGCCGUCUUCGGCCUAUCCAUCUGAACCUCACGGCCCGCGCAUUACACAAAGAGUCCCUCCUCCCCCGUCACGCGAUGGCGCCCACAACUUCAGGACAGCAGGUCGCUACAUUGGAACUGGUCUAUUGACCAUCGCUCUCAUGAUCACCACGCGCGAUUACUUCGUCUCCAUGGAUACUGUUGUCGGUUCCUCCAUGGCGCCCACACUCUCCCCCUUCGCGCACGAAAGAGACGAGCAAGACUGGAUUCUUAUUCGCCGUGAUAUCUGGGCAAGGCAAAGUGUCAACCGAGGCGACGUGGUCACUUUCUGGAAACCUCACAAGCCCAACGAGACAAGCAUCAAGCGUGUGGUCGCCAUUGCUGGGGACAUUGUCUAUCCUCACAGAGGGUACGCACUUGACCCGGCUAUUGUGCAUGCUGAGCGACUAGCUGGUGGAUGGGAUGGCUUAGGACAGCCUGAUCCUAAUGCCAUUGGCGGGGAAGAAGUGGAAGUCGGCAAGGUGGUCGUCCCAGUGGGGCAUGUUUGGGUUGAAGGUGACAAUUGGCGGAAGAGCUACGAUAGUUGCGAUUUCGGGCCUGUAUGUUUAGGAUUGUUGGAUGGAAAGGCGACGUGGGUUUGGCGAGAUUGGUUGAGGUUCAGGGAGGUCGGGGAUGAGAGGAAGAAAGUGAAGGGACACUGGACGAGAGUAGUACCUGGGGGUGCGAGGAGAGAGGGUAGUGGGCUGGCGGAGUUUUGAAAAGUGUGUGCGACUACAAUGUACAGCUUCUCUAUCUCGCGACACACCGCAUCCGUCACUCCAUCAGUGUUCUGACUUCCACCCAGAUCCUUCGUACAGACUCCUGCCUU